GAUGGGCGAGCGCGAGCCGUCAAUCCGAAGCAAGGCGGGCGGACCGGCGCCGUAAGGCUGGGAUCCGGAAGUCGGAGCCUAUCCGCGUUAGCUCAGCCUGCCGACCAACCGUAUCGUGGUGCCAUUCUCUCCUCUUUGAUCCCCGCCGGAAGUGGAGGGGGCUCAGAAGGGAGCUUGUGGCAUUGUGGUUCCCCUCUCUGUCUUCACAUUGGUUCUUCCAUUCUGACAGGACGAAAGCCUGCAGAUUUGAACCUACCUGCUUUCAAGUCAGUCAUCAUGAUGAAACAUAGACACAAAAAUAAAAAACCAGGUAAAGGUUCCAAAGGCUGCAAGAAGCCUACAAAGCAGAAUGGAAAGAAAGCAGCUUCCAAAGUAGCCUCUGCUCCCCAGUUUGUUCACUCCAAUGAUCAUGCCAGUCGGGAGGCUGAAUUAAAGAAGAAGAGGGUUGAAGAGAUGAGGGAGAAGCAACAGGCUGCACGGGAGCAAGAGAGACACAGACGUAGGACCAUCGAGAGCUAUUGUCAGGAUGCCCUGCAACGCCAGGAGGAGUUUGAGCACAAGGAGGAAGUUUUGCAGGAAUUAAAUAUGUUUCCUCAAUUGGAUGAUGAGGCUACAAGGAAGGCUUAUUACAAGGAGUUCCGUAAGGUGGUGGAAUACUCUGAUGUGAUUCUGGAAGUCCUGGAUGCCAGAGACCCAUUGGGCUGUCGCUGUUUCCAAAUGGAGGAGGCUGUCCUGCAGGCAGAAGGCAACAAGAAGCUGGUCCUGGUCUUGAACAAGAUUGACUUGGUCCCCAAAGAGGUUGUGGAGAAGUGGCUUGAUUACCUUCGGAAUGAGCUGCCAACGGUGGCUUUCAAGGCCAGCACACAGCAUCAGGUCAAAAACCUGAAUCGUUGCACUGUGCCAGUGGAUCAAGCCUCUGAGUCACUGCUGAAAAGCAAAGCCUGCUUUGGAGCUGAAAACCUCAUGAGGGUUUUGGGGAAUUAUUGCCGCCUUGGUGAAGUGCGCACCCAUAUUCGUGUGGGUGUUGUGGGCCUUCCCAAUGUUGGGAAGAGCAGCCUGAUCAAUAGCCUGAAACGCAGCCGUGCAUGCAGUGUGGGAGCUGUUCCUGGGGUCACCAAGUUCAUGCAGGAGGUCUAUCUGGACAAGUUCAUCAGGCUGCUGGAUGCCCCAGGCAUUGUCCCAGGACCAAACUCAGAGGUGGGCACCAUCCUGCGCAACUGCAUCCAUGUACAGAAGUUGGCAGACCCUGUGACCCCAGUAGAGACCAUCCUGCAGCGCUGUAACAUGGAGGAGAUUUCCAGCUAUUAUGGCAUCUCUGGGUUCCAGACCACUGAGCACUUUCUGACUGCAGUGGCUCACCGCCUGGGGAAGAAGAAGAAGGGAGGCGUAUACAGUCAGGAACAGGCAGCCAAAGCUGUUUUGGCUGACUGGGUGAGUGGGAAGAUCAGCUUCUAUACACUGCCACCUGCCACCCACACUUUGCCUGCUCAUCUCAGUGCUGAGAUCAUUAAGGAGAUGACUGAAGUCUUUGACAUUGAGGAUACCGAGCAGGCCAAUGAAGAUACCAUGGAAUGCUUGGCCACUGGAGAAUCAGAUGAACUGUUGGGUGAUGUGGACCCGCUUGAAAUGGAGAUCAAGUGGCUCCAUUCUCCGAUGAUGAAAAUAGCAGAUGCCAUGGAAAAUAAAACCACCGUGUAUAAGAUUGGAGAUCUCACUGGGUAUUGCACCAAUCCAAACCGUCAUCAGAUGGGGUGGGCUAAACGCAAUGUGGACCACCGCCCCAGGAAUAAUAGCACUGUGGACAUCUGCCCUGUGGACCGCCGUCCAAUGCUGCAGAGGAUCAUGGAGACAGACCCCCUGCAGCAGGGCCAGGCUCUGGCAUUUGCCCUGAAGAAUAAGAAGAAGAUGCAGAAGCGUACUGAUAAACUCGCCAGCAAGUUGUCUGAUUCCAUGAUGUCUGUCCUCGACCUCUCUGGCAACGCUGAUGACAGUGCUGGUGACUGAUCGACUAAUCUCAGCCCCCUUUCCCCUCCAAGCACCAGUUCCAGUGGGAUGAUGGAAUACAGAUGAAAUGGUGUGCUUCUCCCUGAAGCACCUGCAUAUUAAAAGAACUCCUCCCCCACCAUGUCCCCUUCUCACUGUUCCCUCCAUUUUUCAAGAAAAAAGAGUCCCAAGUUGCCGGAGCUGGCAAACCUAAUACUCUUUAUUUAACCCCUACUCUGUUUUUCAAGGGAAAUAAAAUUAUCAGCAGAUCCCUGAUGCUAACAGUGUAUCCCCACCCUGUAGGUUAGGAUGGUUAGAAGACUGACCCUUACAAAACCCUCUUGAAUAGCUAAAUGUGCAACUAGAGGUGAGGCUUUUGGUAACCUGGUGGUCCCUAGGAGGGUGAUGAUUUCUUUAUCAGUCGGCAACAUAUUUCAGUGGCAAGCCAUUCCUGUGGUGGGCUGUAGGCUAUUCAUCUUCCUCCCACCAAGUCUGCAGAUCCUCUUCUGUAUGGCAGUGACAGUAGGGGGAGAAGUGAUGAGCCUUGUCUGUGGAAGGGUCUGGGGAUGGAUAGAGAGAAGAGAACACAAGCCUGGAUGUGGUAAACACUACCUUGUUUACAUGAAGGGAAAACAGGAUGCUUGUUGGUAGAAUGGCUACAUGGCGGGGGGGGGGGGGGCAAGUCACACAUUCGGGCAUUUCUAGGCAGAUUGGGUUGGAGGAAUCCCCUGAAGUGAGACACUCUGGCUGGGCCCAACCCUUGCAUGAUCAUUUCUUAUCCGGCACCAGCUUUGAAUUCUGAAUUCCGUCAUUCAAAGGGAUCUGGUGCCAUUAGCUGCUGUAUUAGGGGUUCAUUGGUUGAAGUCACUAUACCCCAUUAAAAUAUAAUUAGCCACCUGCUCUGGGAGAGCCUACCCCAUCAGACAAAGAUAGUGUCAAGGGGCCCUCAGAAAGGGACUGGAGUAGAUGGCAGCAGAUAAACAAUCUUACUUUACCAGAGUUUGGGCUGUGCACAUGACAUCUGGCCCAGCAAUCUACUGGGAACAGAUUUGAAGGGAUUGGCUGUUACAUCACUUCAGUCUUUGUCCUCUACCCCAAACUUCCACAUCAUCUUUGGAUCCACAGCCACAUCUUAGUCUUGCCUCAUGCUGUCACCCCCUAAUUUGCCUAUUCAAAUCCUAAGAGCAGAAUCACAUGAUGGACUGGCAAGCCCUUGGCUGCAGGCUGAUUGGUGGCGAAGUGCAGACCACUCCUGCAUUCUGGGGCAGCCAAAAAAGAGAAUUAAGUACUACUAGAGCACACACUGCACCAAACCCUGGAAACCUCUUAACUCCUUUAAUCCUCAGUACGGCUCUUCCAGUAAGGGGUUAGUCUCCCCAUAUGAAAGAUAGGCUAAGGAAGUUGUUAGGAUGUACCCAAGACAGUAAGUGCCAGGAUUGGAACCCAGAUAUGAUAAAAAACGCAUGUAGGUUCUUUCCUCUGCAUUGUGCUGCCUCCUUAACUGAUUAAAUGCCUACUCAUGUGCCAGCUUUAGAUACAUGCUUUUUUCAGUAAAAUAAGAGUCUUACUAAAAUUCUACUUCCAAGUCCCUUUGCAUGGAGUACAACUUACUUCACAGUAUCUUAUCAAACUCUCCUGGCAGGUAAAUAAUGUUACAAUGAAAAAUUGGAUCCCAGGAUAGCUAAGGCCAUUUUAAAACUUAUAUGGCAUUUCAUUGAACUUUGUGACAUUUUCUAGAGGUGUCUGGGUGGCUCAGUUGGUUGAGUGUCUGACUCUUGAUUUUGGCUCAGGUCGUGAUCCCAGGGUCAUGGGAUUGAGCCGUGUCAGGCUCUGCACUGAGCAUGGAGCCUGCUUGAGAUUCUCUCCCUUCUCCUAUUCACCCCUCUCUCCCAUUCACAGUCUCUUUCUAAAAUUAACAAAAAAUGAAAAUGUUUUCUAGUACUCCUAAGACAUACUGGAAACUAAGCACUGGACAUACGAGGUAUCUCAAUGAGUAAGAAGGAGCAUGGGAGGAGCACCUGGCUGCCUCAGUUGGUAAAGCAUGCGACUUAAUCUUGGGGAGUUCAAGCCCCAUGUUGGGUGCAGAGCUUAAUUAAAAAAAAAGCAUGGGGAUGUGAUUUGGCCUAAAUCAAACAGAAGAACUAAAGUAGUCAUGUCGGGAUAAGAAUUUGGGACUCCACAUUCUCUACAGUGUAUCACAACCUAAAAAAAAAAAAAGCUCUUUCUUGAGUCAUUUCCCUCAUUUAAAAAAAUACUAAGAUUUGAUGUAUAUACCAUAAAGUUCACCCUUUAUAGUGUAAGUUAUUUCACUUUGGACAAAUGUAUACAGUAGUGAACUACUAAUACAAUCAUGACAUGGCAUAGUUCUAUCACCCCUGAAACACUAGGGCCUUUUGUAGUUAACCCUUUUAUUCCUACCUUCAGAUUCUGGGAACCACUGAUAAUGUUUUCUGUCUCUAUAGUUUUGCUUUCAUGUGAAUGUCAUGUGAAAAGAAUCCUACAACAUGUAGGCUUAUUUUAUGCCUAUAGAUUUUUAAAAUUGUAUUUAAAAAGUUACAUAGAAUAAAAUUCCUCUUGGUGUACAUUUCUAUAAGCUUUGACAAAUGCAGAGUUGUGUAAACAACACAAUCAAGGUACAGAACAGUUCCAUUAUUUCCUGCCCUCCACCAACAAAGUCAUUCCUGCUACUUAUAGUAAAAACCUCUCUAACCCUAACUCCUGGCAACCUUGAUUUGUUUAUCCUUAUAGUUUUAUCCUUUGGAGAAUGUCAUACAAGUUGAAUUAUACUAUAUGUAGCCCUUCUUAAAGUUUAGUUUUGAGAGAGACAGCACGAGUGGGGGAGGGGCAGAGAGAGUGAGAGAAUCUCAAGUAGGCUCCAUGCUGUCGGCACAGAGACUGAUGGUGGGUCUCAAAACCACGAAGCUGUGAGAUCAUGACCUGAGCUGAAACCAAGAAUCCAAUGCUUAACCAACUGUGUCAUCCAGGUGCUCCUACAGUAUGUAACCUUUUGAGACUGGUUUCUUUCAAUAAGCACAAUACACCUGAGAUUCAUCCAUGUUGUGGGGUUUAUCAGUAGUUCCUUAUAUCCAAGCCAUACUUCAUUGUAUGGAUGUACCACAACUUGUUUUUUCCCAAGUUGAAGGGACAUUGGGUUUCCAGUUUUGGGUGAUCACAAAUAAAGUUGCCAUAAACAUUUGUAUGCAA